UGAGGAAAUCGAAACUUAAAGCAAAGCCUAGAAAGCUGAAUCCAAACAGUGCUCACAAUUUGACAACGAGUAACAUUGAAAAGAAAAGGGAAAAGACGGACGCAUCAUGAGCUUUAUACUCUGUUCUCAAAGUUGUAGGUAAUUUGAUCUGAAAAUCCGACAGCUUUAUUUAGGAUGGAAACGGUAAACUAUACAUUUGAACUAAACGAGUAUGCGCUGAUAACGCGCUCUGAGCUCAAAUAUGAGGACGUCGGCGGUGUUGGACCUGGCCUCACUAAAAUAUUCACCCAGAGGGUGGUCCUAAACGGUGAAGUCUAUCCUGAGGGUGUGGGGAAGACCAAGAAGGAAGCCAAGUAUAAUGCUGCUAAAAAUGCUCUGAAAUGCCUGCUGGAGAACGAACCUCCGGAGUCAGUUCACACAACUGUAGAUGAGAACAACCAAACAUCAGGUCAUCAAACAGAGGAACCAAAUUUAGAUAUUUCUGAUAUCUGUGAUAGGAUAAGAAACCUCAAAGUGAAUGCACAACUUUACAGAGAUAAUCGGAAAAAAAGACAGACAAAUUACAUAGGAUUUGUCAGCCACUACUGUCAGAAAACUAAUCGCUGCCAUACAUACAUUGAAGAAAGGAGAUGCGGUCCAAGUCAUAACCUUAAAUUUUUCUGCAAAUUAUUGAUUGACAGAAAGGAAUACCCUGUGGGUGAGGGUAAGACUGUCAAGGAAGCCAAACAAGAGGCAGCACGACUGGCCUGGGUUGCCCUUCAAGAACAGUCAGACUGGGACAGCAAGGUGUCCGUCAGAUCAACAGUGUCCGAAGAUGGUGCACAAUCUAUGAUGUCGGAGUUAUCAAUUACCCGGGAGCCCCUCAACCCAUCACCACAAAGGCCCUCAGUGAACACAUUCACUGAUUCAUCGGUCCCUUCAAAUGCUCAGAUGCCCUUAAGGUCAGCUGCUUCUGAAGAUGAUCCACCAACUGAGCUGUCAACACCAACUUCACUGGAGUCUAUUGCAUCGUCACAGAGCAUGUCAACGAGUAAAAGUGGUUCAGGAAUAUUCAGUGAUUCGUCAAACUCUUCAAAGGAUCAGGAUAUUGUCAAAAACAGGAAUGCAGGAAAUAGUCAGAGUGAGACAUUCGACCAAUUGAGAGUUAAUCUCAGCAAGUUUACUUCAAACUUUGAUUCCAUAAAACGUCUUGGCAGUGGAGGCUUUGGUCGAGUUUACAAAGCGAGAGAUAAACAGCUGGACAAGUAUUAUGCUGUAAAGAUUGUCCGCAGUGAAGAGAAAUCUCUUCGAGAAGUGGGGACAUUAUCAGACCUCCACCACCGUAAUAUUGUCAGAUACUACACAUUUUGGACAGACGAUAUAGGAUACCCAUGGGACAAUUCAGCUGACAGUAAAAGCUCUUCCCAGCCCACAGAUAAUUCAUCGGUAAAGUACCUCUAUAUUCAAAUGGAGUUAUGUGACACCAAAACACUUAAAAAGUGGAUUAAAAAGAAGAAUGAGCUGCCUGUGCAAGACUCCAAGAGAAGAGAGGAAAGUCUGAGAAUUGCUCAACAAAUAGUUAGCGGCGUUGAAUAUAUUCACACCGAGAAUCACAUCCACAGGGACCUCAAGCCUGAAAACAUCCUGUUUGGGCUGAAGGGAGAAGUGAAGAUUGGGGACUUUGGUCUGGUCACCAGAGAUGAUGAUGAUGAUUCUGCUUUGAUGGAGAGAACAGAGAACGAAGGAACCACAUCUUACAUGGCUCCUGAACAAACAGGAAGGACCAAUGGCCGAAAAGUGGACAUAUUUGCUGUGGGGUUGAUAUACUUUGAACUCCUUUGGAAACUCUCUACUGGACAUGAAAGAGGAAGGAUUUGGGAUGAUGCCAGAAGUCAGAAGCUUCCUGAAGAGUUUUCCCUGACUUUUCCCCAAGAGAACCAAAUGAUCAAGCCAAUGCUGUGUGCGAGGCCACAAGACCGACCUGAAGCACGUCAGCUGAGGACAGAGCUGGAGACGUGGGCGCAGACAUUCAGCGUACCAAAUGUGCCUCAGGAAAAUGCAGCUGUUGGGAAUAAUGAGCAGUCUUAGAAGUGUGUAGAAUUGUGUCUCUUCUGAUGUCUGUGAUUUUAUUAUUUGAUAUACUGUUGUGAAUAUGAUUUUGUGGGAAAAUGGUUUAAAUACUGCACUUAAAUAGCCGAGCUCGGUAAAAUUACUGAAGUCAAGAUUAGCUACAUGUACAAUCAGUACACUUCAACAUACAGACAGAAGUUAAAAUCUUUAAUCAUGAAAUUAAUCAACAACCUAAAAAGGGGGCUGAUAUCAAUGGAUGAAACAUGAAUUUUGAAGUUUAUCAUGAUUUUUUAAAGCCAUGUUUGUACUCAUUCACAUCUUUUUUGCUUUUGUCCAGAAUAAUCAUGCAUA